AUGUAUGUGAAAUGGUUUGAUACAGUAAUGUUUUACUAUGUGAUUUUAGUGUAUUGAGUGAAUGUCACUUUUUGACAUUUUUAAAUUUCCCACCAGUUCCGUCCCCGUAUGUCCUGACGUCGCAGGGAACGGAACCCGGAAGACAGAUGUCGGCAUCAGCCGGAGGACAUUGCCGGGGACGCUGCAGGUGGGACAUAGCGGGAGCGCAGGACAAGGUAAGUGCAGAAGGGAUCCUGGAGCAACGCUGCAGGGUAAUCCCGAGUGUAGCUCGGGGUUACCACUUGUGCUACACUCGGGAAUACCUCCAGGGAGGUUA